GAAGCCUCUCUCGGCUGGCAGCUCCGGGAGAGCGCAGCGCAAGCGAGGACGGAGCGCCUCCCCUCCCUCUCCGUGGGAAGCAGCCGAGGAGCUCCAGCCACUUUCAGGGUUAACAAAGGACAACGGAGCGGAAGGAAAGAGCGCAAAGGAGGGAGGGACGUCCCUUUCCUGCCCCGCCUCUCGGCGAGAAAAGCAGGUGGAAGCGCCGGAGGAGCCCCUCUUUGCGCGCAGCGAUGAUGGCGAGCGGGGCUGCGCGGGGGGAGCCUCGAGACAAAGGAUACAUCUGGGGGGUCAAGGCUGAGGGAGAACCAUCUGAAGUAUCACUGGAAAAAGCUGAGGAGCAGAUGCAGGAGCAGAAACUGAGGAGUCAAGAUGGAGCAAAGAGACAAGAGGAGAGACAGACUCACACAGGGGACAAACCUCAUAAAUGCUUGGAGUGUGGAAAGAGCUUCCUGUGGAGUAGCGCCCUUACUGAACAUCAAAGAACUCACACAGGGGAGAAACCUUAUCAAUGCUUGGAGUGUGGAAAGAGCUUCAGUUGGAGUAGCACCCUUACUUCGCAUCAAAGAACUCACACAGGGGUCAAACCUUUUAAAUGCUUCGAGUGUGGAAAAAGCUUCAGGUGGAGUAACGCCUUUACAGUGCAUCAAAGAACUCACACAGGGGUCAAACCUUAUAAAUGCUUGGAGUGUGGAAAGAGCUUCAGUGACAACAGCACCCUUACUUCGCAUCAAAGAGGUCACAAAGGGGACAAACCUUAUACUUGCUUGGAAUGUGGAAAGACCUUCAGUCGGAGUAGCCACCUUAUUUCGCAUCAAAUAACACAUACAGGAGACAAACCUUAUAAAUGCUUGGAGUGUGGAAAGAACUUCAGUGAUAGCAGCACCCUUAUUAAACAUGAAAGAACUCACACAGAGGACAAACCUUAUAAAUGCUUGGAGUGUGGAAAGAACUUCAGGUGGAGUAGCUCCCUUACGGGGCAUCAAAGAUCUCACACAGGGGACAAACCUUAUCAAUGCUUGGAGUGUGGAAAGAGAUUCAGUAAGAGUGCCCACCUUACUUCACAUCAAAGAUGUCACACAGGGGACAAACCAUAUAAAUGCUUGGAGUGUGGAAAGUGCUUCCGUCAGAGUGUCCACCUUUCUUCGCAUCAAAGAUGUCACACAGGAGACAAACCUUAUCAAUGCUUGGAGUGUGGAAAGAGCUUCAGGCAGAGGGGCACCCUUACUUCACAUGAAAGAACUCAUACAGGGUACAAACCUUAUGAAUGCUUGGAGUGUGGAAAGAGCUUCAGUCAGAGUAGCAUCCUUAUUUCACAUCAAAGAAGUCACAUAGGGGACAAACCUUAUACCUGCUUGUAGUGUUGAAAGAUCUUUUGUCAGAAUGGCUUCCUUCAGGCACAUGAAGGUAUCCGUACAAGGGACGAGAUGUAUAAAUGCUUUGAAUGUGGAAAAAGCUUUAAGCAGAAUUCUACUCUUUCUGUGCAUCAAAGGAUCCAUAUGGCUACCAAUAGGAUUUUUAUGGGAGUUUCAGACCCCCGAGAACCUUCUCCUCUUAGCUUAACCACAGACUGUUCCACUUCCCUUCACCUGCUAUUUUGGAGGCCUGUCAGUUUUUCCUUUGCAGAGACAGAGAGGUUUUGGCUUUUCCAGAGAUGGGUGAGCACCCAAGAUGGAUGCUGAGGCCAAGGUGGCUGCAGAAGCCAAAAUGGCCUCUCAGUUGUCCAGUUUUUCCCCAUCAUAUCCCCCCUCUGGCAGUUUCUAGCUGCCAAAUUCAAUAUUCAAUUAAUGACAUUUCAUGUAUUAUUUUAUCUACUUCCUGUAGAUCCUCCAUUGUUAUCUCCAUGUGCACCAUUCAAACAUCAGUUUUCUUGAUGGACUUAGUAGUCUUUUUCACACAGUGUCCAAUACAACAUAACACCACCUGGAGCAUGAGGAAACAUAAUCCCAUUAUAACAUAUUUUAGCAGAUUUUUUACUAGGCAAUCUAGCCAUUCACCUGGAUUCGGUAGCCAUUCCCACCAAUCAAAAUCGCUACUCCAGUCUACACAAGCUACUUCUGCUAUUUUCUCAGGAUGAUGUAUUAUGGAGUUGGCAUGGGAUUCAGUCUCUCCAGCUGAACUGUUUAUGAUGUAGGAACAACAUUCGCUCCCAAUGAUGGCACAAGUCCCUCCAUCCAUAGCAACCAAAUUGUCCAGGGCCAUCUUGUUUUGUAGAACCAUUUUCCUUAUUUGGGUUUGGGUUGCUGAUAGGGUCUUUAUAGCCAUAGAGGCCACAGGAAGAGCUUCUUUGGUCUCAUUUGCUACAGAUUGAGGCCUCAAUCCUUCAGAUUCUUCAGCGGCCGUGCCAGCCAAGGGCAGGAAAAACCACCCUAUUACUGAGCCCAUCGUUAAGGGCCUGCCGGUUUUCUAUGUCCCAUUGUGCAGAGUGGCAAGAAGGUUUUGAUUUCUAUCUUUUUUCUCUGAUUGGUGAGCCAAUGGGUGUUUGUGGAAGGGGAAAUUUAUUUAUUUAUUAUUUUUUAUUUAAUUCAAUUUCUAUACUGCCCGUAGCAAGCUCUCUGGGCGGUGUACAAUCAAUACGACAUAUAAUUACAUUUCAAUUUUUAAAACAAUCCUUAAAAACACAAUAAACAAGCAGACAAAACACAGCCAACUUAAAUAAUAUCAAAAUACAGAUACAAAGAUACAAGGUACAAUAUUUUAAGAUUUAAAAGGUUAAAAUGAUUUAAUUUAAAAUGAUUUAAAAUGCCUGGGUAAAGAGGAAGGUUUGCACCUGGCGCCGAAAAGAUAAUAAAGUAGGCGCCAGGCGUACCUCAUCAGGAAGGGUGUUCCAUAGUUUGGGGGCCGCUACCGAGAAGGCCCUCUUUCUUGUAAUCACCUUCCGGGCAUCUUUUUGAGUAGGCACCCGGAGGAGGGCCUUCGAUGUUGACUGUAGUGCCCGGGUAGGUUCAUAUC